GACCCACCAUUUGUUUUCUAUUUGUUUACUCUGUUUUUUCUUUUCAAAUUUGGGAGGCUUGAAAAGAAAUCAUCUAUCACCUUUUCAAUCUUUCUUUGGUAGUUCUUAUCAAGGCCCCAAAACCGAACACUCGGACAUACAUUACUCGUCAACUCACAGUUUUAGACUCUGAAAAGAGAGAUGGAGAUACGAGGAACAACAAAUACAACAAAAGAGAUCCAAAGGAGAAAGCGAAAGAAGAAACCUUUAGAAUAACAAAGAGAGAAACUUGGGUUUUUAAUCUUGUGUUAUAUGUAUGUAUGAUCGCAAUCUUCGUUGGACAGUGCAUUGAUGUUUGGAAAACCAUGAAUGGCACUUUGCUCUUUUUCUUCCGCACAUGACUAACAUGUUCUUUUCAGAUUCUUUUGUUUUUACCAAGUUUAGUUGAUGAUGAUUUUCGGUUUCUGGUCUACACAAGCUGUUGAAGUACCACAGUUGAAAUUGGGUGCAUUUGGUAAAUACACUUGGUAGUCUCCCUUCUAGAGAUAUAUGGAUAUGAAAACUUAUUAGACAAACUUGCAUCUUCUAUUCAUGGGAUUAGGGCUGUGAAGUUUUAAUUUUCUUUAUUGGCAAACAUAGAUUGGGACUUUAUUUUAAUCGUUCAUUGGGAGUUUAAGGUGGAGUUGGAUUCUUAUGCAUGGAUGAAAUUAGAAUGAGGGAAUAACUCAUAUAUUAGUAGGUGGAACAACUGUAAAAGAAGACCAUCUUUAAUAUUCUGGAGAACAUUUACUCAACCGUGGAAUGGGCUUUCCUCAGAUAUCCUGUGGCAGUGUUGCCGAGGAAGUAGCAGCAUCGCUGAGCGCAUUAGUGCAAAAUCCUCCAAGAAUGAUUAGCUUGAGAAGUUGUGACAUGAGUGCAAUGCAUGGAGGAAAUAUGGGCAACCGAAUGCAAGUGGAUAUUCCAGGUGCUUCUUUUGGAGAGUUCCAAAGGAGAACCAUUCCACAGUUUCUAAAGGAAUCAGAUUGCACAAAUAUGCAUAAUGAUGAUAGAUCCAGCAUGAGUAAGUUGAAGAUUAAUUCUAUUGAACAAAAUAGUUGGUUGUCUAGUAUUAAUGGACGAAACAUUCAGACACUUGUCCCAAGGAUUGUUGGUUUUGAAUCAAGGACUUUAAAUUCUUCUGAUAAUGUGUUUGAUGGAAAUAAAUAUUCUUCUACUGUGGUUAGUAUCAAAGAUUAUCCAAAUGAGGCUACUGGGUUGGUAGUUAGGAAGCGUUUAAUGUCAACUUUGGAUGGAAUGUUUUGCCUUGAUCAAUGUAAUGGUGAUUCUCCAGACAUUAAUAGUGGUGCUUAUCAGAGUAAUUUCACAAGUGGCGAUGAUCCUGAUAAUGUUUAUAUGUUACAAGAACAUAAGAGGCCUCAUAAAGGUGAGUCUAAUUUUAUCAAUACUCCAAUCUGGUCUUUGUCAUGUUUCCCACAAUUGAAGAAUUCAUCGGAUGAUAAUUGUGGGGGAGGGUCCAUAUUUCUUGCUGAUGGCCCGUCGCAAGAAAACCGGGAGCAACAGUGUCAACACCAUUUUCUGUCAUCAUCUGAACUUAAUUACUUUGGAGAAUCAACCAAGGUAAGGUCCAAAACAAGAGAAAUAGCCAUGCCUCCAACUCCUAAAAAUGUAUCACCUCCUCUAUCUUUGUCUCCCCUUGGCCCAAAACUUCCUGAAAUAGUGAAAUCUUCAGGUGGAUAUAAGGACAAUAUGGCAGUGUUAAAUCAUGACAAAGAAACUUUGAAGGGCAUGGAACAGUCACUUGAUGGAACUAGACCAAACCAUUUACCUUCCAAGAAAAUCAAUUUUAGGCUGCCGAGUAAAUCAUCAGAAGAUAUCGAUAAUUUGCAGAAAGAAUUUAACUUGUUAAUUCCUCGAAAUACCAGUGGGAUGAGAUGGCGUAGGAAUCUGGAUUCUGACUUCACUUCCCAUGUGAAAUUGAUUAGAUCUCUGAGUAGACUGCCAAUUAGAAGAUCCUUGGUUGGUUCAUUUGAGGAAUCUUUGUUUUCUGGUCGGUUAUUAUCCAACAAAUUUAGUCAGAGAAUUGAUGGUUUCCUUGCUAUUAUGAAUGUCACUGGAGGGAAAUGCUCACCAAAAUCACUAAAACUUCCAUUUGGGGUAACCAGCGUGGAUGGAGAUAAUUGCCUAUUGUAUUAUUCAACAAUUGAUCUCACUAUGAAUAUUGCAGCAAACAAGUACAGAGGCAUUCAGAUGAAGAGGAACCUUAGCAAUGAUGAAUCACAAGCAGACAAGAGUCGUCUGCGUAUACCUAUGAAAGGUCAGAUACAACUUGUUCUCAGCAAUCCAGAAAAGACACCUAUCCAUACCUUCUUUUGUAAUUACGACUUGAGUGACAUGCCAGCUGGUACCAAGACAUUCCUGCGGCAAAAGAUCACUCUGUCUCCUUCUACACCAACUUCUGUGUGUAGAAAUGAAGGACCUAGAGAUCCUAACUUGAAAACUGUUGCCAAGCCCUCUUUGAUCCCAAACACUAGUCAUACCAUGCAGCUUAGUGAUGGUGAUGCUAACUCAAAUGGGUUUGAUGUUGUUCAUUCAAUAAGAUCGAUGAACCAGAGGAUGACAAUGAUGGAAACUGGGGUUUCUAGUUAUUGUGAGCAUGUUGCUUCUGAAAUGGAAAGCAAAGGAGAGGACUCAGAGGAGAGCAGAGUGGCCUUGCAUUGUAGUGGGUUUGACAGUCAUCCGUUUGAAAAUACUGAUAGGGAGGACUACUUUCCAUCAAAUAAAAGUCACGUAACUGAGAACAAGUCUGCACAUGGCCCUCCAAAGAUAAAUGAGAAUGCUUCUGCGGUUCUGCGUUAUGCUCUUCACCUCCGCUUUUUAUGCUCUUUACCUAAGAAAUGUUCAAGGUCAAUCCAGAAGUGCAAAUCUGAUUCCUUACAUGAACAAGUAACCACAAAUAUGGAUGUGGAAGGAGGGCGGCGCUUCUACUUGUAUAAUGAUUUAAGGGUGGUCUUUCCACAACGCCAUACGGAUGCUGAUGAGGGCAAGUUACAUGUGGAGUAUCAUUUUCCUUCAGAUCCAAAAUACUUCAACAUCAACAACUAAAAUGCUCAGUGCACUAGAUAAGUACUUGUCUGUUGUCCUUGUACAUCUUGAUUUGGAUAAGAAAUGCUGGUAUACUUUUUGUAAUAUAAUUCAGGGAUCUUAUCCUUGGGGAAAUUUCCCAAUUCAAUUUAAUUUUAUAAAUGAAUUUAUUCAGGAAUUAGUUGAUGUUUCGAAAGAAUGCAAUGCUCGGAACUUUUAAGAUUGUGAGAUGAUGAUGAUGAAGUUGAGAGCCAUUAUGUUCAAAUCUAUUUA